ACCACUAAAUAUUUUGCGCAAAAUAAACAAGCCUCCGGAGAAAAAACUAAACUAAACCGGCUUUUCGAACAAAAUUUGGUUAUCUCAACAAGCACACAUCUGACAGCUUAACUUUUUAUCUGAAUCGCCUAGUUUUAAUAGAGUUUUAAUCCAUUAGAAGCCAUUUUUUUUUUAGAUGUCUUCGGAAUCUGGUGAUGAGCCCCCACCGAAAUAUCCGCGCAAAACUAGGCCCAAAAUCAGUGGCAAUUUCUCCGAGGAGGACACAGUAAAAAUAAUAAAUUAUGUUAGGAAAAUGCCAGUGAUCUGGAAUACGCACCACAAGGACUAUGCUGAUAAGAAAACAAGGAACUCAGCGUGGGCUCUGAUAUAUAAACAAUUUGGAGGUCGACACCAUGAAUCGGAUCUGCGGACCAAAUGGAGUAAUUUAAGAAUCCAGUACAGGAUAACUGUGGGAAAACUUAAAGGAAAAUCCGGAAAAGUGAAGGAGAACGCUUCAGUCUGGAGGCAUUUUGCAGCUCUUAAGUUUCUAGAAAAUGAUAGCAAGCCUGAAAUUCCCGAAGUACGAAAUAAUUUAGAAUCUGAAGACGAGCCUGAAAUCGUCGAGGUUCCAUCAACUCCCAGAAAAUCUCACAAAAAAGAUCCAAAGGCUCUUGAAAUUACUCCGUGCAAACGUUUUAAGGAUUCCAAGGAUACCAAGGGUGAUCUUGAUCCCAAUUUGCAACUGUGUAAUUACAUGUAUUCAGAAUUGGCUGAGCUAAACAAAGAAAAUGCUGCUAUUCUUCGAAGGAAACUGCUAAAACUCUUUAUUUCAUUUGAUCCUGCAGGAGAUUUCGCCGAUGUGUAAAUGAAUUUGAAAUUCUUUUAUAGCUCGAUAAAUAAAUUCCUUGUCGAACUAGGAUAUUAUCAAAAAUGAAAUUGCAAAAAAAUGAAAAUUUG